GGCGCAAGCAGUGUAGUUUACCACUGCAAGCAGGGUGAGUCGCUUCGUACUUGGCAGGCGAAUUUUCUAGCCUUCCACAUAAAGUGUCCAAGCCGCGCGAGGUUAACGUUCAAGAUGCAGAUCUUUGUGAAGACCCUGACUGGCAAGACCAUCACUCUGGAGGUUGAGCCCAGUGAUACUAUUGAGAAUGUCAAGGCUAAGAUCCAGGACAAAGAAGGCAUCCCACCUGACCAGCAGAGGCUGAUCUUUGCAGGCAAGCAGCUGGAAGAUGGCCGCACCCUGUCUGACUACAACAUCCAGAAGGAAUCCACUCUCCAUCUUGUGCUGCGUCUGAGAGGUGGUAUGCAGAUCUUUGUGAAGACCCUGACUGGCAAGACCAUCACCCUGGAGGUUGAGCCCAGUGACACUAUUGAGAAUGUCAAGGCUAAGAUCCAGGACAAAGAAGGCAUCCCACCUGACCAGCAGAGGCUGAUCUUUGCAGGCAAGCAGCUGGAAGAUGGCCGCACCCUGUCUGACUACAACAUCCAGAAGGAAUCCACUCUCCAUCUUGUGCUGCGUCUGAGAGGUGGUAUGCAGAUCUUUGUGAAGACCCUGACUGGCAAGACCAUCACCCUGGAGGUUGAGCCCAGUGACACUAUUGAGAAUGUCAAGGCUAAGAUCCAGGACAAAGAAGGCAUCCCACCUGACCAGCAGAGGCUGAUCUUUGCAGGCAAGCAGCUGGAAGAUGGCCGCACCCUGUCUGACUACAACAUCCAGAAGGAAUCCACUCUCCAUCUUGUGCUGCGUCUGAGAGGUGGUAUGCAGAUCUUUGUGAAGACCCUGACUGGCAAGACCAUCACCCUCGAGGUUGAGCCCAGUGACACCAUUGAGAAUGUCAAGGCUAAGAUCCAGGACAAAGAAGGCAUCCCACCUGACCAGCAGAGGCUGAUCUUUGCAGGCAAGCAGCUGGAAGAUGGCCGCACCCUGUCUGACUACAACAUCCAGAAGGAAUCCACUCUCCAUCUUGUGCUGCGUCUGAGAGGUGGUAUGCAGAUCUUUGUGAAGACCCUGACUGGCAAGACCAUCACCCUGGAGGUUGAGCCCAGUGACACUAUUGAGAAUGUCAAGGCUAAGAUCCAGGACAAAGAAGGCAUCCCACCUGACCAGCAGAGGCUGAUCUUUGCAGGCAAGCAGCUGGAAGAUGGCCGCACCCUGUCUGACUACAACAUCCAGAAAGAAUCCACUCUCCAUCUUGUGCUGCGUCUGAGAGGUGGUAUGCAGAUCUUUGUGAAGACCCUGACUGGCAAGACCAUCACCCUGGAGGUUGAGCCCAGUGACACUAUUGAGAAUGUCAAGGCUAAGAUCCAGGACAAAGAAGGCAUCCCACCUGACCAGCAGAGGCUGAUCUUUGCAGGCAAGCAGCUGGAAGAUGGCCGCACCCUGUCUGACUACAACAUCCAGAAGGAAUCCACUCUCCAUCUUGUGCUGCGUCUGAGAGGUGGUAUGCAGAUCUUUGUGAAGACCCUGACUGGCAAGACCAUCACCCUGGAGGUUGAGCCCAGUGACACUAUUGAGAAUGUCAAGGCUAAGAUCCAGGACAAAGAAGGCAUCCCACCUGACCAGCAGAGGCUGAUCUUUGCAGGCAAGCAGCUGGAAGAUGGCCGCACCCUGUCUGACUACAACAUCCAGAAGGAAUCCACUCUCCAUCUUGUGCUGCGUCUGAGAGGUGGUAUGCAGAUCUUUGUGAAGACCCUGACUGGCAAGACCAUCACCCUGGAGGUUGAGCCCAGUGACACUAUUGAGAAUGUCAAGGCUAAGAUCCAGGACAAAGAAGGCAUCCCACCUGACCAGCAGAGGCUGAUCUUUGCAGGCAAGCAGCUGGAAGAUGGCCGCACCCUGUCUGACUACAACAUCCAGAAGGAAUCCACUCUCCAUCUUGUGCUGCGUCUGAGAGGUGGUAUGCAGAUCUUUGUGAAGACCCUGACUGGCAAGACCAUCACCCUGGAGGUUGAGCCCAGUGACACUAUUGAGAAUGUCAAGGCUAAGAUCCAGGACAAAGAAGGCAUCCCACCUGACCAGCAGAGGCUGAUCUUUGCAGGCAAGCAGCUGGAAGAUGGCCGCACCCUGUCUGACUACAACAUCCAGAAGGAAUCCACUCUCCAUCUUGUGCUGCGUCUGAGAGGUGGUAUGCAGAUCUUUGUGAAGACCCUGACUGGCAAGACCAUCACCCUGGAGGUUGAGCCCAGUGACACUAUUGAGAAUGUCAAGGCUAAGAUCCAGGACAAAGAAGGCAUCCCACCUGACCAGCAGAGGCUGAUCUUUGCAGGCAAGCAGCUGGAAGAUGGCCGCACCCUGUCUGACUACAACAUCCAGAAAGAAUCCACUCUCCACCUUGUGCUGCGUCUGAGGGGUGGCUGUUAGUUAUUGUGGACCUUGCUUUACAUUAUUGCCAUAGCAUUUGUUUUUGCACUGUAGCCCUUUAAUGUCUUAAUAUUGUAAGUUAAAGACAAGUUGCAGAAAAUGCUGAACAGUCUGUGAAUGCUAAUAAAGAUUUUUGUUGCACAUUA